AUGUCCAGUCCCGCGACCGACACUCAAGAAAGCGGCCCUGAGAUCCCCCAGACCCAGGCACCGACCCAUGGGCACGCCCACCAUCACAGUAUCACGCACGACUACGCGCAGGACAAUAUCAACCCCAACCGCCAAAGUGUUGUUUUCGACCACGCGCCCGAUGCCAUCACACAGGACAACAACCGCACCAGCUACGCCGGGAACCGAUAUAGCAUGGCGGCCGAUACGAUUCGGAUGAGCUACGCCAACGACGAGGAGGGAAAUCGUCGCUCGUACCACGUCGGCUUUGGUCCGUUGGCGCAUGUUAAUACCGCCGAGACCCAGCUUCCGGCCUUCGGUGGUGAACUGCAGCCGGGUUUGUAUCGGUCUGUGAAGAAUCGUAAAAUUGGUAACCCGGCGCCGUUGGGUCUGGCGGGUUUCGCGUUGACUACGUUCAUUCUGGGAUGUAUCAAUAUACAGGCGCGCGAUGUCACUGAGCCGAAUAUUGUGGUUGGGUCGGCGUUUGCAUAUGGUGGGUUGGUGCAGUUGUUGGCUGGGAUGUGGGAAAUGGCCGCCGGAAACACCUUUGGUGCUACGGCCUUGUCCUCGUACGGCGGAUUCUGGAUCUCCCUGGCUAUCGUCUUCACUCCGGGCGGAUUCAACAUUCAAGCUGCUCUAAAGGCAGCAGACAAUGGAUCAAUGGGAAUGUUUUAUGAUUCGCUGGGCCUAUUCCUCAUGGGCUGGUUCAUAUUCACCUUCCUCCUCGUGACCUGCACCGUCAAGUCAACGGUGACAUUCUUCUCGCUCUUCCUGUCCCUCGAUCUAGCGUUCCUGCUGCUCGGCAUCGGUUAUAUGCGGCGCGACGCAAUGGAAGUCCCGAACGCUGCCAUUAUCAAAUCCGGCGGGUUCUUCGCGCUGCUGGCGGCGUUCUUGGCGUGGUAUAUUGCGCUGGCGGGUAUUGCGGACGAUAGUAAUAGUUUCUUUAUUAUUCCGGUGUUUCAUUUCCCGUGGUCGGAGAAGGGGAGGAAGGGGAAGAAGGAAGCUUAGUUGGAGGAAGCUUUCUUUCCAAGGUUUGUCUGGUCUCUGCUUGGAACUGGACUUGGAUUCAUGGUAGGGUCAUGGUUGGAGGGAGUACGACAUGGGUUUAUCUUUAAUGAUUAUGGUUAAUGGAUGGGACAUAAGUACAGGAC